GUGGUACUUUCCCUGAUGAAGCACAACCAAGUCGUCCGAGGACGCAAUGUCACCCUCUGAGUUUUAAACACACUCCAGUGCCUUCUGACCCGUUCCCGCUUGGCCUAAAUCAAGAAAUGAGUAUGACUGGGCUCAGUGAGCCCGGCGACGGGAUGCAGGCCUGGGUCCACAAGGAUAUAAAAGGACCAGCCCAUUACACUAUCUUGCUCGGAUUUUCUGUUUAGAUUGAUAUUCUCAUCGCCGUGCGACUAUCCAGCCCAGAUGGCUUCCUUUAAACGUGCUCUGCUACUGCUCGGUGCCCUUUUGCCUGCUGUCUUUGGUGUUACAGGGCAGGAGCCUCACCAGACUAUUGAGACGAUCCCCGGAAAAUACAUUGUCACCUUUAAGCCGGGUCUUGCUGACGCAAGAAUCGAAUCCCAUGCAGAAUGGGCAACGGAGCUUCAUAGGCGCAGCCUAGCAGGCCGUAGUACAUCCGAUAACAACCUCCCCGUCGGAAUCGAGAGGACGUACAAGAUCAACCAAUUUGCUGGAUAUGCAGGCUCUUUCGAUGAGGCUACCAUCGAGGAGAUCCGCAGACACGCCGAUGUAGCUUCUGUGGAGGACGACCAGGUCUGGUACCUCGAUACUCUGGUCACAGAACGGCGAGCCCCUUGGGGCUUGGGUAGCAUCUCCCACCGGGGAGCCUCUAGCACCGAUUACAUCUAUGAUGACAGUGCCGGCGAGGGCACCUACGCCUAUGUAGUGGAUACUGGUAUUCUUGCGACGCAUGAGGAGUUUGGUGGCCGUGCCAGCCUGGCAUACAAUGCCGCCGGUGGCCAGCACGUUGACAGCGUCGGACACGGCACGCAUGUCGCAGGGACCAUCGGCGGCAAAACAUAUGGCGUUUCCAAGAAAGCCCAUAUCUUGUCCGUGAAGGUGUUUGUCGGUGAAUCAAGCUCGACGUCGGUCAUUUUGGAUGGGUUCAAUUGGGCUGUCAAUGAUAUUGUGGGCAAGAACCGCACCAGCAAGGCUGCUAUCAAUAUGAGUCUUGGUGGGGGCUAUUCCUAUGCUUUCAACAACGCCGUCGAGAGCGCGUUUGGUGAUGGUGUUCUUUCAGUUGUCGCAGCUGGAAAUGAGAAUAGAGAUGCAUCACGGACGAGCCCGGCUUCUGCACCUGAUGCUGUCACGGUUGCCGCCAUCAACAGAAGCAAUGCUCGUGCCUCCUUUUCGAACUACGGUCCCGUGGUUGACCUCUUUGCGCCUGGAGAGAACGUUCUUUCGGCCUGGAUUGGGUCCAACUCGGCCACCAACACCAUUUCUGGCACAUCGAUGUCCACCCCCCAUGUGACAGGCUUGGUUAUUUAUCUGAUGGGCCUGGAGGAGCUAGCCACUCCUGGGGCCGCGACUGCCCGCCUCAAGGCAUUGGCCACGCGGAACGUUGUUACCAAUGUCUCCAAUAGCCCUAACCUUCUGGCCUACAAUGGUAACAGCCGUGCGUCAAAGGAUGAUGGCGACAACGAUGGUGAUAACGAUGGUGACAACGAUGGAGAUGAUGCCUAGGGGCUAUGAUAGAGGUCGCGUUACGCUAGAGCUGGGAGAAUAGGGUGUUGAUUGGCUAGGCUAUAUCCGAAUUUAAGCGAUGCCUG